UGUUUAUAAUAUACUUUGCUUAUCAUUACAGUACAAAUCAUGAUGAGAGAAUAAGUCUUGUUUUAACUUCUCUUUUUGAUCCAGUUCUUUUACUUCUGAAUAUUUAUAUGCUUAUGAAUUUAAUUCUGUAAUGUCGAAAGAUGGAUGAAUGGAAAGUUUUGUGUAGUGAUGAUGAAAAUGCUGGGAACAAUGAAUUUUAUGAACCUUCUGAUCCAUCCGUUAUGAUCAAUCUUUAUGAAGCUAUACUGAAAGGGGAGAUUCCUAGAUUUGAUGCUCCUAUUUAUCCCAGAGCAAAACCAGAUUCUGAAACUUCGCAAUCAGCAAAAUUGUCUCCUGAAACUACUGAAACAUUGGAAAAAACUCCAGAAAAAGUACCAUCUGAGGUAACUGAGUUUGACUUUGAUACUCAACCUGAAGAUAAUGUUAAGAAAUUUACACCACGACGUACUCCCAACCGACCUGUUACCAAAAAAGUUGGUAAAAUGUCCAAUGUGUUUUCUGACAUCAUGAAAUAUAAGAAAAUGGAUGAAAAACAAUGUAAGGGAGAAAGGGAACCACAAGCUAACUGAAGACCCAUUGCUUGCAUGGAUUUUCUAAUGAGAUCUAACACUAGGAAAAAACACAUGGAAUGCGACGAAGUCCCAUUGCUGGUUCCAAAGCCAGGGCUGGAACCAUACACAAGAGGACACACAGACUGGCUUUUUUGCUUGCUUCCUUUUAAAUAUUGUGUUGCAGGAGUAACAAUGUUUGCAACACUAUCUCGUGCACCGGUUCUCAACCAGUGGGCCACAAAUCUCUUAAAAAUUGUUGGACUUAUUGAUAAAUUAGCCAGAUUUGAUUGUAUUAGAAAUGAACGAUAAUGCUGUUUUUUUUUUGCUAUCAAAUAUUAAUUUCCAUUUUAAUUAUUAAAGUGGGAGUGUUUAUCUUUGCAGAAAGAAUUAUUUGAUUUUCUUGCAAUUGGAAGUUAAUGGGCCACAGAAUUUUUUUGUGCAACGAAAGUGGGCCAAGGAAGAAAAAAGGUUGAGAACCACUGAUCUAGUGUAAACCAAUAACAAAGAUUGAAAAUAUCGUCAAUUUGAAGACUUCUUUUUUUUUUUGUUUUUCAGAAAUUCAUUUCUAUAUUUAUCGAAAAUAAAGAAAUAUUCAGUAGUUUUAUUAAUUAGUGGAUUUUUAUCAUUGGCUCAUUUCUAUACAUGAAAAUCAUCAAGUACGUUGUCAGGAGAUAUUCUACGAUAAUUCAUUAAUAAAAGGGUUUCAUUGAAGACCAAAACGAAUUUACCAGUAUCAAAUACCCCUCAAGAUUUCGGAAGAAAUAUCAGAUCUCGUGGGAUUAUUGAUCGUUUUGUUGUGAUUUAGUUCUUAUUUAUUUUCUUCUUAGUAUUUUUCUUGCUAUGAAAAAUCACUUCUCUCAUUAUGAGUCCUAAACUAGUUAACUACUGGACCAAUAGCUUUCAGGUUUUCAGUGUUUAAUGAUUGUAUUUUUCGCUAGCAGGCUAUUACUUUUAUUUAUUUUAAAAAGUCUGUAAUUAAUUAGAAUUUUAUGUAACUGCAAUAAUAUUAGCAAUUCUGUCAGUAAGAUUAACAUUAUAACAAAA